AUGCCAAAGAAGCACAACAUCGCAUACGUUAAACCUGACGAGCCCACUUUUUUGAGGAAACUAAAAGAGCAGAUCGGCUACAAAGAAGGGCCCACUGUUGACACCAAACGGGAGGAUUUAGGGCCUGUUGAGGACGAGGAUUUGAGGGACAGUGACGAGGAACAACCUCAAAUCGUGGUGCUGCGCCCCGGCGAUCUCACCGCCGACGAAGCCAAUCAGGAGAAGUUGAGGUUAGAGAAAGAGGAAGAGCAGAAACGGGCCGAUCUCACCGCCCCCGUAGUGUUCAAGAAGCCGACGAAAAAGUCGUCAGAAGGCCAAGAAUCCAGAUCGAAGCGUCCCUUGGAUAAAGCCGAGACCGAAGGAAAGACACAGAAGGCCAAGAAGCUAAGAAACAAAAGCCUGCUCUCCUUUGACGAAGAGGACAAUUCUGAAUAG